GAAGAGUUGCUGGUAUCCUAAAUUAAGAUGUGUGCGCAUUAAACUUGAGUUUCCCUCGCAUUUACAGCAUGUUGUUGUUUUAAGAAAAAGUACAGGGCACGCUCAGUUACAUAACUGACAGGUGACCUUGUUGAAAUAUGCUGACCAUCUGUCUGACGUUGCUGACUCUCCUCUGUGGAUCCCCUCAGCCUGUAUCCCUGAAUUUCCUCCUGUAUUACAGUGGCAAAACAGUCAAGGCAGAGGCUUCAGUGUGUCAGAGAGAGGGUGAAGAGGAGGAAAAAGCAGAGAAGAAGACGAUUUGGACGGAGCUGAGCGUGUGUUUAUGUUUGUAUGUUUCGCCAUUGGACGGCCGGGUGAAGGGGCACGAGGAGCAGAGGAGUGGGAGGAGGAGGAGAAGAAGAAGAGGGGAGCCUGCCUGGAUGAAAUUCACUGUGUCAUGUCACUACGUGUGGACCUUGACUGAUCACAGGUUGAGAAAAAGGGAGAAAGACUCUGAGAAAGAGGAGGGAGGAGAAGAAAGAGGGGGAGGAGGAUGUAAAGUCUGGUGCUCCGUUUUAUCAUGUCAUUGUUGGAUAAACGAACGGACGGAUUGAGCGCUCUUCAGUUGUGUGUCAACAGGAAUUCGCCUUAGAAGACAGAGAGGGGGAGAACUUGGCAGAAAAGAAGGAGAGAGACUCUGGAAGAGUAAAGACUGCUGUGUUCAGCCCAGCUAAGGAACAGGAACUGGACUUGCUGAGUGUGUUAAAGUGUGUUUGUGUGUGUGUGUGUGUGUGUGACCGUGUAACCGGUGGAGGGCAGAGGAGUGGAGGGCCAGGGGACUAACCUGGCCAUCAAACGGACUGGCAGCCUCUCCUCUCCUGGGAUCAUGUACCCUCAGGGCAGGCAUCCGGUCCCAUUGCAGCCUGGCCAGUCUUUCAAGUUCACAGUCCUGGAAACCCUGGACCGUAUCAAGGAGGAAUUCCAGUUCCUCCAGGCGCAGUAUCACAGCCUGAAGCUGGAGUGUGAGAAGCUGGCCAGUGAGAAGACUGAGAUGCAGAGGCACUACAUCAUGUACUAUGAAAUGUCCUACGGUCUCAACAUUGAGAUGCACAAACAGGCAGAGAUUGUCAAGCGUCUCAGUGCCAUCUGCGCUCAGAUCAUCCCUUUCCUCUCUCAAGAGCACCAGCAACAGGUGGUCCAAGCAGUGGAGAGGGCCAAGCAGGUCACCAUGGCUGAACUCAACGCCAUUAUCGGGCAGCAGCAGCUCCAGCACCUGUCUCACCAUGCCCCUGGCAUCCCCCUGACGCCACACCCAUCAGGCCUGUCUCUGGGCGCAGGGGGCUCAGGGCUUUUGGCGCUGACCGGGGCCCUGGGUGUCUCGGCCCACCUUGCCUCCAAAGAUGAGCGCAACCACCUUGACCCUGAACAUCUCAGAGAGGGAGCACCCAGCAGGAGUAAGUCAGUGUCAUCAACAGACAGUCAGCCAACUGAGGAGCGCCAGGGCCCGUCAGGAGGCUACUCCUCCUCGCAGGGAGGAGCUGAGGCAAAGAGGAGGCGCUGUGAUGACAAAGAGCCACUUGCGCCACACUCCUAUGACAGUGAUGGAGACAAAAGUGAAGACAAUCUGGUAGUGGAUGUCUCUAAUGAAGAGCCUAACUCUCCUGCUGGCAGCCCUCCUCACUCUCCCCACGGGAAUGGGUUAGACCGGGCUCCUACACUAAGGAAGGAGCUCCCGGGCUCCUCAAGCACUGGAGACGCCCCUUCCACCCCAAACCCCCGCAGCCCUACCCCAGGGAAGGCCAAGGACCCUGCACAAAUGGAUAAGUCCCUGUCUCCGUUGUCCAAGUCUGGCAGCCCAUCACCGUCCCACCGUGAGGCCCUUACCCCUGGAGCACCAGGAGCCCCAGGAGCCCCUGGUCCCAGCACCUCCUGCCUUCGUCUGGUCAGCAAAGCAGCGUCCAGUGCAGACCCUCUUGCUCUCCGCAGUCCCAUGUCUGUGCCCCCCGGUUCAUACCCGGCUCAUUUUGGCGUGGUGUCCCACGCAGGACUGAAUGGGGAACUGGCCAGCCCAGGAGGUUUCGGAGGGGCUCUAACUCUUUCCCCACAAAUCAGCGCAGCAGCCAACGCCUAUUCCCGAAGCCCCAUGGUGGCGUACGACUCUCGGUCUCACCUGAGGGCCCCAGGGCUCUCCUCCUCUCUGCCUGGUUCCUCCGGCGGCAAGCCCGCCUACUCGUUCCAUGUGAGCGCAGACGGCCAGAUGCAGCCGGUGCCCUUUCCCCCUGACGCCCUGCUGGGCCCGGGAAUCCCUCGCCACGCCCGUCAAAUUCACAGCCUCAGCCACGGAGAGGUGGUGUGCGCCGUCACCAUCAGCACCUCGACACGCCACGUCUACACCGGAGGCAAGGGCUGCGUCAAGGUGUGGGACAUCAGCCAGCCUGGUAGCAAGAGCCCCAUGGCCCAGCUGGACUGUCUGAACAGGGAUAACUACAUCCGCUCCUGUAAAAUCCUCCCCGACGGGCGAACCUUGAUCGUCGGCGGGGAGGCCAGCACGCUGUCGAUCUGGGAUUUGGCCACGCCCACUCCUCGCAUCAAGGCGGAGCUGACAUCAUCUGCUCCCGCUUGCUACGCUCUGGCCAUCUCCCCUGACAACAAGGUCUGCUUCUCCUGCUGCAGCGACGGCAACAUCGUAGUCUGGGACCUUCACAACCAGACUCUGGUCAGGCAGUUCCAGGGCCACACAGACGGAGCGAGCUGCAUCGACAUCUCCAACGACGGCACCAAACUGUGGACGGGAGGGCUGGACAACACGGUCCGCUGCUGGGACCUCCGGGAGGGACGGCAGCUCCAGCAACACGACUUCACCUCGCAGAUCUUCUCUCUGGGCUACUGUCCGACAGGCGAGUGGUUGGCUGUGGGAAUGGAGAGCAGUAACGUGGAAGUCCUGCACGUCUCCAAACCUGACAAGUACCAGCUGCACCUCCACGAGAGCUGUGUUCUUUCUCUUAAGUUCGCCUACUGCGGCAAGUGGUUCGUGAGCACAGGAAAAGACAAUCUGUUGAAUGCAUGGAGGACACCAUAUGGAGCAAGUAUUUUCCAGUCCAAGGAGUCCUCGUCCGUGCUGAGCUGUGACGUCUCCCCGGACGACAAGUACAUAGUGACGGGCUCUGGGGACAAGAAGGCCACAGUGUACGAGGUGGUGUACUGAGGGCCGGGACGCGAUGGGAAGAGACAGGAUGGAGAUUUUGAGGUGUUUUUUUUUUUGGAUGACGGGGAGGGGGGGGGCACCAGUUGCCCUGCCAACCGCUCCUGAUCCUCAUUACUUCAGCAACAGCAACACCCCUGUCUCAGUCCUCCUGACCCUCACUCCUAAUACAUCACCCUCUCUCCCCUUUUUUGCUGUGAUAUAAGCUACUGUGGAAGCUCCCAAAUGCCCCCUCCCUCCUCCUCCCCCAUCCACUUUUAGGAUGAGGCACGAUAGCAGAGAGAGAGAGAGGCAGUAAGGGAAGCAGCAAGAUAAGAAGGACAAAGGAAAAGGGUGGUGGAGCAUAAAGAUAAAGUCAGGAAGCAAAGGAGGGAAAGACAAGGAGGAGAGAAAGCGCGAAGGAAGAAAAGUAAUAAAAGGGAGAAAGGGGAGGAGGGGGGAGGGAGAGUAAUUAGGGCUGUUUCCUGAUUAAGAGCUCAGUGGAAGGGAGGCCCCCAGAGGAGGCGCGGAGCGGCACUAUGGGAGCGCCAGCCAGGAGCACUGAUACCACACAAUCGAUUCAUUAGCCAGACAGUGGAAGCCUUAAUGAGGCUGACGCCGCAGCUCGCUCUCCCCAGCGAGAGGUGUCAGGAGCAGGGGAACGAUGACGCUCCGAGACGGAGGGGGGGCACUUCAGAUAUCCACAUACACUGACAUGAAACAUGGACUUGCUCUCAAACACACACACACACACACACACACACGGCGCACGUCAUCGGGCAAGAAUACACACACACACAGAUACACCCCCUUGAGGUAAUCGUAGGAAGACAGAAACACACACAGAGCACCCAAUUAAACAUUCAUCGCAGCGCUCCCCGUCUCACUGCCUAAUAUCUAUUUUAUUUUGGUCUGACAAAGGCAGCGUCUAAUGAGCAGCGGAGUCAAUGGGAUUCUCCCAGGGCCCAGAGACACAAACAGAGAACAUCAGCCAAGCUGUUCCCUCUAAUUCCUCUGGAUUGUUCUCCUGACACUGGGCGCUGCACUCACUCUCAUUAAAGGCACUGUCAGCUAGAUGAAGUAGCAGCAUGCCAACUUCACUGUAAGGCAGACAAGAGGGCAAAUUAACUACACCCGAUCAUGCUAUCAUCAGCAGCCAACUAAGCAGCGACUAAUCCAACCCCUUUCAAAUUUUAUGCAACUAGUUCCUGUUUUCAUUUGCAAACUGGAUUAUUACAUCAGUCACCUUCUCUAUCUCUGCCCGCCUGCUGAUGUGCUAGUGUUCAAGGUGCUCUGGCUAAACCUUGUUUUGUUAAGCUAUUGAUUGCUAUAAAUUGAGAUGCUUAAGGAAAAGUUUGACAUUUUUUGGGAAUAUGCUUGUUAGCUUUCUUGCCUAGAUUUAGAUGAGGAGAUCGAUACCACUCUCCUGUCUGUAAUCUACGUCUAACCCAGGUUAGCAUUAUGACUGAGAGCAGGGGGAAUCUCGUUACUUUGUCCUCUUCAGAGCUUCUGGCGGGUGUAUUUUGCCGCCUUUGCACAGAGCCAGGCUAGCUGUAACCCCUUGUUUCCAGUCUUUAUGCUAAGCUAAAGCUAAUGGGCAGCCUUAUAUUUACUAUACAGAUAGGAGAGUGGUAUCAAUCCUCUCAUCUGUAUCUCAGCAAGAAAGCAAGUAUGCCGGUUUCCCAAAAUGUCAAACUCUUUAUUUAAAUCAGAUUCUUAACUUUUCAAUCCUCCUUGUAUCAUAAUCCAAACUGGCAGGCAAACUGUAUAUCAGAGCUCUCUGCUUCUAUAGAACAUGCAUCAGCAAUGUGUAGACUAAAAAAAAGGCACAUUUCAAGCUUUUCUUUUAUUACUCAUUUAUUUCUGUAUUUUUAUGAAUAGUGAUUGCUUGUCUUAUGUAAUGAUAUGUUUAUGUACUGGGGUUGCCUAUGAUUGCGUUUCAGACUUGGGGUAGCAAACAGAGAGACACACUCACACACAGAGACAAACAAAAUCAAGUGGAACACAGGCGGGAAAAAUAUUUUUAAUUCUUUUAACUUUUUACUUGAAGAACCAGUGUAUUUUUAUCCUUGGUGAUGGUGACAGGCAGAGGGCGUACAACAUGAGCAGUCCCAUGUAAAGAAAAAAAAAUAACCUCCGUUUGGGAGAAAAGAUCCUCUGUCUUCUGUUUGUUGUUUUUGUUUUAUUGCCCCCCCCUUUUUUUUCAAAAGUGGUAGUAAAUGUACUAUAGUCUGUUUUCAGUCCUUAAUGUGCAACUAAACUGUGUCUGCUGAGUUCGUAGUCAGUGUACUGCAGGCGUCGGCUGCCACACGACCAAACAGAUUUAGCCAUCAAAGAGGUUCCACUUUUUACUGCAUGCUUGUUGCACUAAAGCUCCACUUCUGCUGAUAGGAGACAGAUCUGAUUUUAAUUCAGUAGGUACAGUGAAGGGUCUCACAAGCCACAGUUUUACAGAGGGAUGCUUUUUACAUUACAGUAUGCAAUUUAGUUCAAUUGUAUAAACCCUUAUAAAGAUUUGUCCAGGUUUCUCGCUGCAGCGCUAGUGCAGGAUACAAGGAUUAUGAGGGACUUCUACAAUGGCUACUGUAUAUACCAGCAAGAAGUCAGAGAUCAUCUGUACAGUUUAAUGCCUGCCUCUUUCCCUUUCUGCCUGUCAGCCACAGGCACACCUAAAUGAUAUUCUCAUACACAAGCGGCUUGUAUACUACUCAGAAUGAUGCUGUAUAAUGGCUAUGCAUUAGGUGGUAUAGCGUGAAUAUUUGGGACAUUGUAUUUGAUACUCUUCUGUCAGUAAUGCCCCCCUUGCCUGUGCUUUCUCUGUUCAGUAAAAAAAAAUAAUUCCCGUUUUACAAGCCCAUGUUAAGUUUCUUUAAAAAAAUCCAAGGAGCUUUUUUUUUUAUGCACCGUGUCUUCUUCCCUCCUGAUGCGUUUCCUAUGUGUUGUACAAGAAAUGCUAUAUGUGAAAAAUAAACCCGACUUGUGUUCAUCCUUU